AUGACAUUACCAGAAUCUACUUGUCAGUUAUUCUCGAUUUACGGAGAAUUCAUCCGCGAGACUCGAUAUCUACCCCAUGCAUAUCUUAGGCAUUUCUAUCGAAUCAAGGCCUCUGAUGAUGUGCGGGCAAUCGCAGAAACAAAAGACACCAAGGGACUUGGUCGGAGAAAGUUGAAGCGAUUUACAAAGGAACUGGCCACCGUCAAAGCCGCUAUUCAAGGAAACACGUCCGCAUUCAACCACGUACUUGAUGUUGCAUAUGGGAGAAAAGGAAAGCUACGGUGGGAGCUGAUGCAACCGCUCUUGACAGACCCCAAGGUCCAAAAGCCACCUCCCAUUAUACCAGCCGUCGAAAAGUCUCGACCACCAGUAUACCCCAGAGAACUCACUGCUCUGCUCACCUCACCAGCAAGCCGGUCGACCAGGAAAGGCCUCACUCUUGAGGAUCUCGAGACACCUCCAACGCUUCCCUUGCGUGCCGACCCCAAAUCCGAAGACGCCAAACUUCUGGGGCCACUUAGCAAACGACGUGAAGUCAAUACUCGAUGGCGUUUCUUUACCGAGGAAUCGAGGAAGGUGUAUCCUCCGUUAGAAGUCGAGGCAAAGGUUUUCAGUAGCAAGCCCUCGGAGGCAUCUCCAGUAACCAUUCGCGAGGCCGGGAUUAGAGGUUUUGGUUUCCAAGAACAAGGACUUCUUGAAGACAUUCAUAAUAUUGUCGGACGUAGGAAGGAGGGACUUCGGCCAAUCACCCGGAGAGAGCUUCAUGCGAUGGAAAAGACUGGUCAGGUUUUACCCACCCCCGCUACGCGACAUCCCUCGAGAUGGCUCCGUCGGCGAUAUCAGCAAUUAUUGGGCAAGAUACCUCAGGUCACUUACACUUAUCAAUCAGGAGCGAAAGACGGAAGGUACAUGGUAUCCUUAUCUGACCAGUCUAUUGCUCCAUCUGUGGUACCCAUUCACCAGUACGGCGAAGUUGACUCGGCGGCAUUGGCUUGGUACGACAAGGCAAUGCUUGAAGACUCACAAAAACCUGAUACUGGUAAGAAGCGCAAGAAAUAG